GCUCGCGCACAGCAAGACAAGGCGCUGCAAAAGCAGCUGCCGAGAAGAAAAACACACACCNUCGCUCAACCCAUGCCGCAACGACCAACCGUGUCGCGUACACUCUCAUCAGCACUGUUUAGUUUCUUCCCUUCUGCUGGCUCUUCGGCAUCGACAUCGCCUUCGGCCACACCCUUGCCUUCGCCUGGUCUGCAACAGUCUGCUAAGAUGGGCUGGUUUGCUCCUUUGCCCAAGGCUUCCGAGGCAGAUAUUGCUNUGUCUUCCUCCUGCUUGGUCUUAGAUGCACUAUUUGUGCCUAUGAACAGGAGGUCGGCUGCAAAUGACGUUUGCAAGUGGCCCCCUAUGAAACUCUCCUUUUAUGACGACAAAGACGUUGCAAAACGUAUAUCUGUCGAUGACUNNUUUAAAAUCAUAAUGGGGCACAAUGGCUGGGAUAAGGGAUGGAAAAUUGGGUAUGGCAACGGACGGCUUUGGAGAAAAUGGGUUAUUGAUAAUGACUGA